AUGUCUCUUCAUUCGAGACGAAAUCAAGGAACAGAAAAAGGUCAGGAACGAAAGAUUAUUUUUCCAAUGACAAUGGCGACUUUGCAUAAGAAGCAUCUUUGUUCAUCGAACAUAACUAGAAGCGCUGUGUUUUUUGAUCUGGACAAUACUCUCAUCGAAACUAGAAAGGGCGACAAUCAAACAUGUCGAAAGUUGGCUGAGGAACUAGUACAAGAAUAUGGUAUUCCUGCAGAUCUAUCUGUGAAGAUUACAACAACAUAUUUGAAGCUCUUUAGAAGAUGUCCUGACAAUGUAACACAUACUUUGGAUGCUUGGCGUAUAACUUUAUGGAGUAAAGCACUUGGAGAAAAGUACUCAUAUCUAGCAAAAAAAAUUUACGAACGAUGGUUGUAUUUACGAUAUUAUUAUUUGACGCUGGCGUCAGAUGUAGUUUCCAUGCUUCGACAGUUGAGAGUAAAAUACCUCUUAGGUUUGAUUACAAAUGGUCCUUCUAAUGCACAAUGGGAAAAAAUACGAAAACUUUCACUCGAACAAUAUUUUGAUAUUAUUCUUGUAUCGGGAGAUUUACCGUGGGAAAAGCCUGAGAGAGAAAUAUUUCGAAAAGCAUGUCGAUUUCUAAAUGUUAAACCAGAUACUUGUGUAAUGGUUGGUGAUAAACUGGAAACUGAUAUUCUAGGUGGAAUAGAAGCUGGUUUAGGAGGGACUAUUUGGAUUCCAACAUUGGAUAAGCGACCCUUAUUAAGGGAAGAUCCACAACCAGAUUUUACUAUAAGGCAUGUCACAGAUCUUUUAAGUAUUUUAAAUGAAAGUCCUAAUCCUCCAGAACUUGAAGAUUCUUCUUCAAAUGCUUCUGAUGGUAAUUGA